GGUCGCUACGACAGCUACAGGUGUGUUAGAUGCAAGCGCACAGAUGCCCUUCGCCGUUAUGCGGUUGCGGACACCGUGCUAAACGUUUAGUGCAGGUGAUUUCCGAGCGCUGGAUAUAACAGCGGUUUCCCCAUCCAUUCGAAGUGACAGCGUCGUGAGUUCAAAACCGUCGAACGCAUGCGUGGUGUUCUUUUGUUUUUUGUUUUAACCACGACGUGUGUGAUACAGUUUACAGCGGUGUGAACGCCGUUGUGUGUUGUUGCAUGCCUGUUUCGUUUACUUGUUGGGAGUGAACGCAGUGACGUCGUCAAACUCCGAACAGAGACAAGAAGGAUAUGGGUGCCCGUCACAGUCAGAUUACUAAUGAGGAGCUACAAGACUACACAGCGUUAACCUAUCUUUCCAAGAAGGAAGUCUUGCAUGCAUUCAACCGAUUUAAAGCUAUAUCGUACAGCGUGAUUGACAAAGAUAAGACUGCCAGACUUCCCAUUGAGUACAUUCAGAGGAUGCCGGAAUUCUGCAACAAUCCUUUCAAGGACCGGCUCCUCGCUGUAUUUAGCUCGGCGCAUGAUGGCCGAUUAUCCUUCGAGGACUUCCUGGACUUGCUCUCGAUAUUAAGCGACCACGCACCGGUUGAUGCAAAGUUGGAAUACGCCUUCCAAGUUUACGAUUUUGACGAAGAUGGGACGAUUGGUGAAGAUGACCUGACGCAAGUUCUACAUCGUCUCACGUCUGCCGGAGAGCACAGCCUAGCACCUGGAGACGUUCGGAAGCUGACUGAAAAUAUAUUAAACGAAGCCGACCUGGACCGAAGCGGUGAUCUGUCUCUGUUGGAGUUUCAGCACUGCAUGUUGAAGAAUCCGGACUUUGCCAGCUCCUUCCGGAUUCGGUUGUGACGUCACACUGAGCAUUCUUACUCCACGGGACCAGGCUAGGAAAAAAAAAGGCACGUUAAACGUGGCUGCAUCAAUAACUUUAUUUUGUUGCGGUUCUGUAAAUAAAUAAUGUUUGUAUUGUUAACGAAAAAUCGCAACAGUG